AUGGUACGGUCUCUGACCAUUGUGCUGAUGGCGCUUUGCUGCGUGCUGUGCCGCGGCGAGGAGCCCGGCGAACCGGGCCUCGCGCGCGCGGAACUGGAAGAGUCUGCUUCAUCCCUGCGGGGGAGCGGUGAACAGAUGAGGGCCGGCAGCGCUGCCGUGGAUGAGGGGCCUGCCAAAGCAGCCGAUGCGGAAGACGCGGAAGACGUGGAAGAUGAAGACGACGUGGCUUCAGCCAGCAAAGAUUCAGAGACCGAAGCUGAAGACCCGAGGACCGAACCGUCGUCUGGGAACUCUGGCGAUGCUCCGGCCACGGCCGGAGCUGAGAAGAAGUCCAAGUCUGCUUAUCCAAAGGAAAUUAUCAUUAUCCCAUUGGCCAGGUGA